CCCUAAACCCUGGUGAAGAAUAACAUGUUAGUUGAGUAAGUAGCUUCCACUGCAGAUUUUUCUGCUCAACCAUUUCCGAACGUUAACCACUGAUUUACGAUGUCUAUCGCAUUGCGAAUGAGAAGUGCAAAACCACUCCUCCGCACUUUACGGCACCACCUCGGUUUCCGCCGCACCAUUUCCACCACCGACGGCGGUUCGGCAACGAAGUUUCUGGAAACUUUCAAUGAAGAAUUCGAAAUCGGAAACCGCAUCAUCACUCUAGAAACCGGUAAAAUCGCUCGCUUCGCAAACGGCGCGGUUGUUUUUUCAAUGGAAGAUACGAAAGUCCUUUCUACUGUUACUUCCGCCAAAGGCGAUACUGCUAAAGCUGAUUUCUUACCUUUAACAGUUGAUUAUCAAGAGAAGCAAUUUGCGCAAGGCAUGAUUCCAUCAACGUACAUGAGAAGGGAAGGUGCUCCUAAGGAACGCGAACUUUUGUGUGCUCGAAUCAUCGAUCGUCCUAUACGACCUCUGUUUCCACCGGGAUUUUAUCAUGAAGUUCAGGUGAUGGCUAGUGUUCUUUCCUCAAAUGGAAAACAAGAUCCGGAUGUGUUGGCGGCUAAUGCGACGUCUGCUGCGCUUAUGUUGUCGGAUAUUCCUUGGGGUGGCCCCAUAGGAAUGGUUCGGAUCGGUAGGAUUUGCGGGCAGUUUGUGGUGAAUCCUACCAUGGAUGAGCUCAGCUUAAGUGAUCUCAACUUGAUAUAUGCCUGUACAAAGGACAAAACUUUGAUGAUUGAUGUACAAGCUCGUGAGAUAUCCGAGAAAGAUUUGCAAGCUGGGUUAAGACUGGCUCAUCCGGAGGCAGUGAAGUAUAUUGAACCUCAAAUUAGACUUGCUGCUAAAGCUGGUAAGUCUAAGAAAGAAUACAGGUUGUCUAUGCUCUCUGACAAAACCCUGGAAAAAGUCACUAAUUUGGCAGAAGCACCUAUUAAAGCUGUUUUUACUGAUCCUACUUAUGGAAAGUUUGAACGUGGAGAAGCAUUAGACAAUAUUACACAAGAUGUAAAGAAAGUACUUGAAGAAGAAGGCGAUGAAGAAAGCAUAAAGGUUUUGUCAAAGACAGUAGAUACAGUGAGGAAGAAGGUGGUCCGUAAAAGAAUUAUUGCAGAAGGAUCCAGAGUUGAUGGAAGACAGUUAGAUGAAGUAAGGCCCUUGUAUUGUGAAGCUGGAUAUGUUCCCAUGUUGCAUGGAUCUGCAAUUUUUUCCCGUGGAGAAACGCAGGUCCUAUGUACAGUAACACUUGGAGCACCUACAGAUGCUCAACACUUGGACUCUUUAGUCGGUCCUCCAUUAAAGCGGUUUAUGCUUCACUAUAGUUUUCCACCCUUCUGCAUAAAUGAAGUUGGUAAACGUGGUGGUCUAAACAGGCGUGAAGUUGGUCAUGGAACACUUGCUGAAAAAGCACUUCUUGCUGUUUUGCCUCCUGAAGAUAGGUUUCCAUAUACUGUUCGUAUCAACUCAGAAGUUAUGGCUUCAGACGGUUCAACAUCAAUGGCAACUGUAUGUGGAGGUAGUAUGGCUUUGAUGGAUGCCGGCAUUCCAGUAAGAGAACAUGUUGCUGGUGUUUCUGUGGGUCUUGUUACUGAACUUGAUCCAUCCACAGGCGAAAUAAUGGACUAUCGUAUACUGACUGAUAUUUUGGGCUUGGAAGACCAUUUGGGUGACAUAGACUUCAAGAUUGCUGGAACUCGAAAAGGAGUUACUGCUAUUCAGUUGGAUAUGAAACCAGCUGGAAUUCCUCUAGAUAUCAUAUGUGAAUGUUUAGAACCUGCACACAAAGCCCGUCAACAAAUUAUUGAUCAAAUGGAACGGGAAAUUAAUGCACCUCGUACCAAGGGUGGAAGUACCUCUCCACGACUAGUCACCUUAAAGUACAGCAAUGAUGCUAUUCGUCGCUUAAUUGGGCCAAUGGGUGCUGCAAAGAGAAAAAUGGAAUUGGAAACAGGUGCACGGAUAUCUGUAGAUGAUGGAACACUUACAAUAGUUGCGAAGAAUCAAUCUGUAAUGGAUAAAAUACUAGAAAAGGUUGAUUUUAUAGUUGGCCGUGAAAUUGAAGUUGGAGGUAUCUACAAAGGCGUUGUUUCCAAUAUAAAAGAAUAUGGAGCUUUUGUCGAAUUUAAUGGUGGCCAGCAGGGCCUUCUCCACAUUUCUGAGUUGUCACAUGAACCAGUUUCCCGAGUUUCAGAUGUAGUCUCUAUUGGCCAGCAGCUUUCUUUGAUGUGCAUUGGCCAAGAUGUUCACGGUAACAUUAAAUUAUCCCUUAAAGCAACUUUGCUUGGUCCUGGAGGAUCAAAGACUAAUCGUAUAGCUGAAGGAUCUACCGCAUCUGCAAAAGAAACUGCUGAGAUUUGGGCACCAGUGUGGAAUGCGUCUAAUAUUACACAAGAACAAAAUUCUGCUUCAGAGAUGUCUAUAGAAAAAAAUGAGGUGUGUGAGACAAAACCCUCAGCCUCCCAAACACCAGUGAUUGUAAUACGCAGUGCUGCAGAAUGUGACAAGGAGGAGAAAUCUAUCAGCUCAAAUCACAAUCGGACUUCAAACGGUUCUCUCGUUGAUAAUGGGGUACAAUUGCAUCACAAGUCGAAAUCUCCAUCCAAGUCAAAACCUCGUAAAUCUCAAGAUGCAGUUGAUUCUCCAUCUGAUUCAGGUCCCUUGCCAUAUAAAAAUGCCAAGAAGCCAAAACUUUCAAUGCAAAAAGAGUCAAAAUCUGAUACUCGAAGGGCAGAGGGGGACGAGAAGGAAGGUAAAAACAAGACACCGUUGACUGCAAAGGAUUUGAAACUUGGGACAGAAGUUACUGCCAAAGUUUAUCAAAUUCGUGCACAUGGGUUGGUAUUGGAUUUGGGUGGAGGAGUUCGAGGAAUGUACCGAUAUGAGGAAGAUGGCAAAAAGGACUUUAAGAUAGGUGACGAGAUGCGAGUAGUGUGCUCAAGCUUUUCUAGCAAGGGAAUUCCAGUAUUGUCUGCUGUGGAUGAUAACCAACUUUGAAUUGGUUGUUUCUUUUAAUGAGAGCGAGCCAAUGGGUAUAUACCACCAAGAUGAUAGCUUGGAAUAAAUUCUUCGGGACAUGUAACCAAGACCAAUGAUUUUACUGAAAAUCUGUUUUUUCAUAGAACCUAAUAACAUCGAUCAAUCCAUAUUUGCUCAAUUGCUGUUGAACAGCUAGGAAUGCCUUGGUAAACUUGGGGAACUUUUGCACUGAUGCCUUUGGAUUAACUAUAUAAAACUUGAGAAAGCCAUUGGAAAAUGGAUCUUGGAGAUGCUUGAUGUCAUUACCACAAUUUUGUAAUAGAGUUUGAACGGUGAGGUUUAGAUUUUACAUUAUACAUACAUCUGGGUGCACAAGUAAUGGCCUGAACGUAUGAUUGUAGUUUUUCAACUGUAAACCAAGGAUGCAUUGUUGUAUCAGAUAUAUGUAUAGGGAUUGUCCUUGAUUAGUUUAUUUGUGUUUUCACGCUUGAAGUGAUAGCAUGUGUUCACGUAGACUCAUUUCAUUCUUCCAUGGACAAAAGUUUGGAGAAC